AUGGCCUCAGACACAGCAACUAUUCGCGCCUUGAUGGUUGGAAUCGACGACUACAAGGGGAAUAACCUCAACGGCUGCGUUAGGGAUAUUCGCAUUACCCAAAAAAUCCUCCAAGAGAACCUCAACGUACCUACCGACAACAUCAGAACAUUGAUCUCGCCCUUCUUGAAGCCUAACGAGCCAGAAAUCGACCUCAAAGAUCUUCCAACGAAGAUCAAUGUUCUCAAUGCUUUGCAAAGCAUCUCCGACGCAUCGAAGCCUGGUGACUUCAUCUACAUCCACUACUCUGGCCACGGCGCCCGCACUAAAACCAAGUUCCGCGCUACUAAAGGCGAAGAUGCGUGGGACGAGCACAUUUGUACCCUGGACGAAUGGAUCAGUGACGUCGAGUUCGGCCAAAGACUCGACGCUCUUGCCGAUAAAGAUCUGGUGGUGUUUGUGGUUCUAGACAGUUGUCACUCGGGUGGUGCGACGCGUAACAACGACACGACUAAGGCUCGAUGUCUCGUUGAUGAGUCGAUUGAACCUCCGACAGAUGGCGCGCCUGGACCUGGAUCGAGAAGCGCGGGCGAGAGAAAAGCCAUUGUCAAAAACACUUGGUUCAACACGUCUGGCAAAUACAACUUUAUCGCGGCCUGUCAGCCGCAUGAGUACGCCCAUGAGACCAGACUUGCAGACGGCGAGAUCGGCGGUAUAUUGACAUACCACUUGGUCGAGUCCUUGAAGUUCUACAACGCAUCAAAGAAUCCGGUUACUUAUAAAGAACUCAUGUCGACCCUUCAGGCGGAUCUUAAGGCUACCCAAUAUGCCAAUGAUCAACAGCCUAUGCACUUGGGAGACGGCAAGAGAGUCGUGUUUGGAAACAAGGAUAUAAACGAUGCAGUUUUCAGCCUGUCAACAAACGUGGUUACGGUGAACGAUACUUCGGUCACCUUCAAGGAUGGCAAUGCCACCAGAAUCAACGUUGGAGACAAGUUCCUUAUAUAUGAUCCAUCUCACGCAUCCAUGGGACUUAUUCUUCCCGGCGCAGGUCCGGUGGCAGAAGUACGCAUCGAUACAGCGGGAGAGCUGCAAUCCUCCGCGACCCUGUUGACUGGAAGCUUGGCCAACGUGAAAGUAGGAUGGCUUGCCCGGCUGUCGCAGAGAGCACACACUGCUACGGUCUACGUCGAUAUUCAGAAUCACGAAGCUGAGAUACUCCGCCAUAUUCGGACAGCCUCAGUUGAGAAAGCCAAUGCCCUCGCCCCCUUGGAAUGGACAUACCACCCGAACGCAGGUGAAACGCCCCCAAACUAUUCGAUCUCUGUCAACGCCAAUGAAAAUUUUGACAUCCGAGACGAGAACAACCAAAUUCUCUCACGCCUGCCGAUAGUUAAAGCCGACGAAUCUGGUUCACGAACUUUGAUCUAUCUGCUUCAGCACCUUUCAAUGUACCGCGCGGUCAUGGACCUAAGACCUAGCACCGUCAAAGUCCCGCCGAAGUUUGACCUCACCUUUACAUCAAUUGGAAUCCAGGCCGCAGGUUUCGACGAGAGUGAAGUAGCCAGGGUUCAAUCAGCAUGGGAAAUCAAGUUCACGAACACAGAUACGAAGGAACUUUACGUCACUAUUCUGGACCUCGGACCUGCGUACGGGAUCGAGCAGACGUUCCCUGAUGGCGAUGCGGCUAGUGUAAUGGUGGGCCCCGGCGAUCACAUUUCGACCACUAUUGGCAUCACGAUUCCGGACCUUCUCAAAGAUGCUGCUAAGAAACCGGGAUUCAGGAUGGAAGACGUGUACAAGGUCUUCAUCACAGACAAGCAGGCAUCAUUCAGCCACUUUACUCUGCCAGACCUUGAGGAUCUUAGGGACUUGGGUAGUGCCAAGAGGAAGACUGUCAAGGCGUCCCCGAAGAAAGCUCCUUGGUAUGUGGCCGAGUAUAUCGUCCGCACCCCUCUGGAGUGA